CCCCCGAGUCCGUUCUUUCCGAUAUAGCGAAACAAACUUGGCAUGGUAUUCGGUUUGCAUUCAACUUCGUUAUAAUUCAUUUCAUUUUGUCCUUAAUGGAAGGGGGGUGCGGUUGAUUGGAGGAUCCUUGCUUAUGUGAAUUGGGUAGCUGUUUGUUUAUGUUGCAAAGCUGUUGAAUCACAUGGGGAGGUUAACCUGCCAUCUUUUCCUCGCGGCAGCAAGAACGCCUGAUCGCAGGUUACCUGCUCAUGGCUCGUCACGCAAUCUUUCAGAGGUUGCGUGACGAGACAUAAGAACGUCCACGAAAACAGUAGCUAACAGUGGGUGGUGAAAACUCGGAAUUCCACCAAGACAAAACGACUUCUUUCUCCUACCUUAGGCUUGACCCAUGCUUGCUCAACAGAUCCUAUUUUGCGUGUCUUCCCAGGCGGGAUGAGAGAAAAUGCCAUAUGCUGUAGCGUAGAUAAUAAUGAUAAUAAAAACAUCGUUAAAGGAAGUAGCACAGUAUUCUUCAAGCAUACGUUACGAUUUAAGCCGUUGAUAAGACAAUCCACGAGAAGGCUAUCGCUCAAAAUGUUACAUGCAAUCGAAGAUUUGGCUCUGUUCUCGUAUACCGAUUCACAAGAACCGAUACAAAAGACCCAGCAAUGUUCAACAGCUAAACAGAGGUUCGUAAAGAAAGGAGUACAAUGGUUAUUUCCUCUGUGUACCGGUACACCAGGUCACAACCGAAGAUUUGUUUUAACACGUGAGUCACGCGAUCUUAUAAAGGCUCGGCUGCCAAGCAAGUUAAGACAACAGUCCGAGUACGGUAUCUACGAAUACGAAAACCACGUUAAAUAUAUUAUGAAUAUGGGUAUGCAGAUAGGAUGAUCUUAUGCCGUUUUCCUGGUAAACUAGUCAACGUUUGACAUCCUUAACCAGGAUGAUAGACGUAAAUUACAUAGCCGAUGUUUUAUAUGGAGGUGUAGACUUUUCUCUGCCCGGAAAUGGCGGAAAAGAAUGCGCGGCGUUCUUGUCUUCGAAGCAGAGAAUUGUUGAAACUGCGGUUUACGAACUCUUCACCUGCUUCGUCUUGUGGAAAAUGCUGGGCAAAGUUUCUAUUCCUGAGAAAUUGCCGGUAUACAGAGAAGGUACUGGAGUCGGCAAAAGACUGCUUUUAGUUGUGCAUUGUUUGAUUUUUGGCAUCGAAAUUGGUUUCAAGUUCGCCACGAAGCAGGUCAUAUUUCUUCUGAACCCUUGCCACGUUUUGACAGCUAUUCAGAUUUAUUUGUUAGCAGUUCCUCCAAGUAAACAUGUCUUGUGUGUUUUUAGGAUUCACAAUUAUUUGCUAUUUGGUGCUUUUCAAGCACUCCUGUUUCCAGUGGUUAAUACAAGAUUGUUGCCUUUUGAGGUUGCAGCAUACUGGAUACAGCACACCCUUAUUCUAAUUAUUGUUCCUUUUUUUCUUGUCUCAUGUCAAGGGCCAUUUACUUUAGAACCUGUUUGGGACUUCACCUGGGCAACCUUGACGUUCACUGUGUUUUCAUUCUACAUGCUACUGUUUCUUCAGCCUUUAGGAAUGCUGCUUCAUAUCAACCUCAACAACAUGGUGUGCCCAGCAGUUAGCGACCCAUUCAGUGGUCCAUACUAUCGAAUUAUUGCCUGCUGCCAUCAGCCUGUCAUGAUAUUUUUAAUAGGAAAGAUAUUUUGUUUGGUGGGGCACAAAUUUGUUGAGGCUUUGUAUGCACCACAGUCAAAGAAAACAGAAUAGCAUUAUGACAAAGCUUGGACCAAGGGAACUUGCUUAUGCACUUUUCGCAAAUUUUGUUAGAUAUUAAUUGGUAAAACAGUUUUGCUAUUUGCUGUACAUGUAAAUAAUAACAAUAAUUAUUGCUUAAAAAUGCCAAAAACCCAAACAGCUGAGGGAUAGAAACUUCGUCUAAAACCACUAACUGUGCCCUAACUAAUUAAUGCACAAUUCCCAUUUAGCUGAACACUCAAAGAUUGAAUAGCCCAGUAAGAAUCUCAGGUGGGAGGCAGGGAGUCCCAUAUAAAAAAGAUGGGGAUUCUUGUCUUGCCUUUUGGGGGUUAAAAAGUGGUUCAGUUUGCUUCCUCUUAGGAUAUUCAGCCUCACAAGGUCCAAAGCAGGAGACUUUUAGGGUACUGACCUGAAAAAAUAUGAGAGGAGAUAAUUUGUUGUUUUUAAGAAUUGGUAUCUCUUAGGGGUCAAAACAAUUUCUUGAGGCCACGCUGGCCACAAAGCAGCAUCUUGGUACCUCUUUCGGGCGAAAGAAAUGUACAAAGAUUUGUUGCAUGUGCACAGCUAUUGUUUUGCCCAUUAACCUUUUGUUUGGUAACAUUCUUGUUGCCGUUGUCAUCCCGGUUUGCUUUAGCUCCCUAUUAACUGUACAUGAGAAUUACACAGCCAGGAGCUGUUAAACCACAACUAUGCAAUGAGCUAGAAAUAAUGUUAUACUUCUUGUGAAAGUAUCAGUUGCAAUUAUGUUUGCUCAAGUAAGUUUAAUGGAUUUUUUCUAGGUUAACCAAUCAGCUAUUAUUUAAUAAUAAUUAUUAAAUAGUGAAUUGACUCCUGUUCAAAAGAAAAACAAACUUGGUACAAACAUGGUACAAACAUAACUGAGUUUACAUCAUUUAUUUUUAAUAUACUUUUAAAAAGUAUUUAAUUUACUUGUAAAAUUCAAUUGAUUUUAAGUUAUUAGAAUCCUUUUUUUGAGGUAGUCUUCAUACAGACAAUGUUGGCCUUUGUCGCAAAUUGAUCCGUGUGUGAAUCAAAUUCUGAAGCCAAGCAAGGUGCAAGUAUCAUAAUCUAUCCAAGCGACUGUUGAAUCUUCAUAAUAGAGCAUGUUUUCUGUUUCAGAAAUUUUGAAUGAAGAUCUUAUCGUUUUGCUAAUCUUCAGAAAUCUUUUGUUUGCCUAUUUUAGGGAGGGGGGCUGGUAAAUAUAAUACUUUGUGAGAUGUUAGAUGUAAGAUCGGACCAAAAUUUUGCAAGACAUAUUUUCUGAAGUACUGUUUGCCACUCCUUGUAAUUGUUUAUAGUAGCCACUCAGCUGUGUUCUAUUGAAAGUCCAUGAAUCUGAUUGGUUUUCUAAUUGUAUUCUAUUUAACAAUUAGA